GAUCUACGUGUCGGUUCAACAAAAACAAAUUUGAGGUGUGGCCUGAAGGCGGAGGGAUGCUAUUGCCUGCAGAAAAGAGAUGGCACACAGUAUGUGUAGACAAUGGCUGGCAAACAAAUGAAGCAGUUACUAGGUUCAAUGAAUAACGAAUGGUGGUUAAUAACAGAUCAGUUAGGAAAGAUCGUCGGCAGGCAGGAAGGAGUAAACAAUCGAGUGUGCCUAAGUAAUGAGCGAGACUCGGCAUCAUCUUCACUCGGUUUCGGACUUAUAUGCAGCCGACGAGAUAGAAGUACUUCUCUUAGAAGAGAUUCGUGACCUGGAAUUACCAGCCUCUGCAUAUUCUAGACCUGAGGACAUUCAGGACUUUGACAUUGCAGGCAGCAGAACAGGGGAGCAAAUUGGCUCCCAACCUUUGGAGCUGGAUUCACCAGGGGUCCAUUCAACAGUCCAUUCAUGGGACUCACAUGCUAAUUAUCAUGGUCAUUAUGGCUAUGGUGACCACCAUGGCUCUUCCUCUAAUGCUUUGGCCUGGCCAAGAGCAAGUCAUUUGGUUCUAUAUUGUGACAUACAGGGGCACCUUAAAACAGCUAUUGGUGUUGUUAGACUUUUACUACUUAUAUCGUCUGCAGCGUGUUUGGCAACAUUAUGCAGCUCCGGCACUGCCAAGGUCAGCUUAUUUAUGUUGCCUUUAGUCGGGCGGCUGCGUUUCAUGAUCUUUGUAGCAGUUUUCUGUUUUUUGGUCACUGCAUUGCUCCUCUUCCUUGAUAUUUCGCAUGUUAUCUAUGUUUUUCCUUUCAAUUGGGCUAAAUUGAAUGCUUGGGUAUUCACUGGUAUAGGCUUAUCUUAUGCCUUGAGUAGUGCAUUAUUAGCAUGUGCUAUAUGGGAAUAUCACAGUGGCGGCUGGGUGCCAAAACGCACUCGUUCUCAGUUGUCUGCCGCGGCAGCACUUGGACUAUCAUGUGCUCUUUUAGCAUUCUUACUUUCAUGGAUACAUAGUCGCAGUGGAUCAAAUUGUAGAAGUCCAGAUAGUCGUAAUCAUACGCCAACUCAACUUUAUAAGCCUGUUGACAAUUCUUCCUCUUCUGGAGUUACUCUCAAAGAGCGCAGUCCUAAAAGGCCUGCUUCAUGGGUUGUGAAAAAUCAACAGUCGAAGAAACAAAAUGCAGACAGUGAUACAAACACAAAUAACGGUCAUCACGAUAAUCAUGCCAAAUAUAAGCACGGUGCUAACAGAAAAGAUCAUUGGGCUUCUGCGCGGGAACAUUUCUUACCUUCCCAAGAAAAUGAAAAUAUUCAGAGAGAUGAUAUUGAUAUUGAAAGGAAAAGAAGAAGACGAAGAAGAGACGGUGAUAGUAGUUCAACAGGUGACGGAAAUUUAAUAAGUACCAAAACCGAUAGUGGUCAUAUUACAGAAGAGAAAAAACCUAGACGGGUACCGCGAAAAUUACCUCUGCAGUCGAUAGAUCAAUCCCGACCUUGGCCUGGUGCUGAGCACAGAAGCAGUGGUUCUAUGCAAGUUAGAAAUAAAACUUUACAAAUGCCAGUGAACAAUAACGCACAGGACUAUUGUGGCAUAGAUGAAUCUAGUUCAAUGCAAGUGACUCAAAAUGGUUUCCACUGGGAAAUGGAAUGUACAUCCAGCAACAGUAUGGAAAAAGCAGCAGAAAUAGCUAUGGAUCGCACUGCCAUGUGGUCUGGACAAUGGCAUCCACCACCUGAUGACGUUCAACCUUGUUCUAGCAAAACUAUUGAUCCUUACAGCUUUGCCUGA